GAGGGCGAAGGGGUGUAGGAAGCGGCAGGUGGCGGCAGGUGGCGGUAGUGCAGUUUUAAGGAUGCAAACCGGCGUAAAACAAAGGAAGAAGAGCAACAGGAAAGCGCGACAGUUUGCGACAGGUUGCUUCACUCAACAGUAACAUGGAAAACUACAGUAAAGCUCGGACAGUGGAGCAGCCAUCUGUCUGUCCGUUCUCUGGCCUCGCCCCAGACACGCCAGAGAUCCGUGUCAAAGAUGGAAGCAAGCUCCGCAACCUGCUGCGCUAUGCUCUGAGCCGCAUGGAGGUCAAAGCCCCGGCGCCCGAGGAGCAGGGGCGAGUGCCGCCUGGAGAAGGGGCUAUGGAUGUGGGGGGACAAGGAGAAGCGCUGGGCCGAGCUCUCUGCAAACAGGUGGUCUUUACUUCGGUGGGUAAGGGCGUAUCCAAAGCCAUCACCUGUGCAGAGAUCGUGAAGCGGCGUGUGAAGGGGCUCCACCAGCUCACCAGGCUGCUGUACAGCGCUGUGGUGGAGGUGUGGGAGCCUCUGGAGCCCGGGGCCGGCCUCGACAGCCUGACGGUCAGCAGGAACGUUCCCACCAUCUGGAUCCUGCUGUCCAGAGAACCGCUGGAGUGCAGCCAGUCUGGCUAUCAGGCGCCGGGUUGCUACGAUGCUCUGUGGGCCCAGCCUGCAUGUAGAAAGGAGGGUGGAGGGCUCCCGGGACAGAGAGCUGAGCCCAGGAAGCGGAGGGGAGGGGGAGGUGGCAGCAGCAGAGGGAGGGGCCCCGGCCGACACUCUGGACGACCCAGAGAGUCGGAAAAAGGACAGAACUGAAUAAAUGAGAACACUGUGAAGGUUUACACAGACUGUGGGAGGACUGGGCCAGGCUGUGAACAGGGUAGAAGUUGAAGAAGAACUUUCAGAGGACACUUUUAUUAAGAAUGUUUUUUGGUUUGACCGUUUGUCUUUGAUGCUUGAUGCACUGAACCGUAUCACACUUAGGCCUUAGGUUUCAGUCGACAUGCAGCUUCCACAGGCAUCUGAAGAUGGAUGUCAUGUAAAUGUUUCUCAAAGUGUUUUUGAUGGAUAAACGUGUCACUGCAAACAAUGAAAUGCAUCUUGAGCUUAUUGUUCCUGAUCAGCAUCACUGGUCCAAACCUCCGUCACAGCAGGUGCUGGUUCCUUUUAUUUCUUUUUGUUUUCCAUCUGUAAAGUUUCAAACUUGUGGCUCUGCUCUUCGUAUGGAGACGUUUUGUUUCUGCCUGUGUUCUGAAAAAGAGUGUUUUCAUUUUAAACUGAGUAAAAACUUGCAAAUGAAAAAUGAA